AUGGAAGAAGUGAAGCUUUUUAGGAUAUGGUCAAGUCCAUAUUCAUUAAGGGUGGUUUGUGCACUAAAACUGAAGGGUAUCGCGUAUGAAGCAAUAUACGAAGACCUCUCCAACAAGAGCCCUUCACUUGUGAAACAUAACCAUGUCCACAGGAAGAUUCCUGUGCUUGUGCACAAUGGAAAACCCGUCUGUGAAUCUCUUUUCAUUCUUGAAUACAUGGACAAGACAUGGAAGCAAACUCCUUUGUUGGCUGAAGAUCCACAUCAGAAAGCCAUGGCUCGGUUUUGGGUCAGAUUUGGUGAAGAUAAGGUGUUACAGUCAAUAAGAUUUUGGUGUUCUUUUGACAGAAGGGAAAGAACAACUAGAAGCAACACUUAUCUGCAAAACUUGAAAUAUUUAGAAGAAGAAUUAAGGGGAAAGAAAUUCUUUGGAGGAGAGAAAAUUGGACUAGUAGAUCUUGCAUUGGGGUGGCCUGCUUAUUAUCUUGAAAUUUAUGAAGAGAUGAGUGGUGCAAAACUAAUAGACCAGGAAAAGUUCCCACUGUUAAUAGCUUGGAUGCAGGAAUUUUCUGAUAUCCCAAUAAUCCAAGAAAGCUGGCCACCUAGGGACAAACUUAUUGCCAAGCUUACUGCUGCUCGUGAGGCUAGCCUUUCCAAGGGAGACCCAAAAUAA